AAUAUCCGAGUAGACUAAAAGAUGAGAUCGAAGAGCUGAAGCUACACCAUCGCAAGACACUUGAAGAAUUUGGUGAUCGACCCGUUGAAUCCUCAACCAUGUCUUUUGUGCGUAUGUGAAUCAACUCUUCAUGAUCCAUCAACCUGGAGACCUACAGCGAAUCGUCCAACUCGCCGACUUACAGUGCUUCCUCUAAUUGCAAAGCUGUCCAAGGUCAUGUGAGAAACAUUGAUUACUGCUUCAACGGCCAGGCCAUCGUGAUUCCGUCGUCCAGCUCAGAUCUUCAAGGUAGAACCCAAUAAGGAGGCGUUUUAUGGACACGAUGGCACGGCAACGAAGGGACUAAUUGGGCUUCGGAAUGGAGGGAAGUCAAAGGGGAAGAAGAGACGGGGAGGGGUGCGCGAGUGAUGGGCAGCUUGACAGAUCAAUAGUUGUACAGAGUUUUCUGAACGAUUGUCGGAGUUGCAGAGUGCCUGAGCCUUGGCAGUGAAUUUUGUGUCAUACAUGAGUUAUCAUUACUGCCAUUGGCGCUUCUUGCGUGCCUCUUGCUCGCUCUGUGUGGGUCGUCUUCCUCGGGUGCCAUUUGGGAACACUACUCCCUGGUCAGGCAUUGUCUCUCUACCUGCCGUUUCUUACAGUGCUCUAUAACCUAUUUUCUUUCCCUCAUUUGGGCUGUCUGUGGAGCUUGGGACUGGGGAAGAGGUGGACAGGAGUACGGAUAGGAGAUUUUUUUUGUGCAUGUGUGAUUUCGACUUUCCAGCAACGCUCGAAGUGCAGGUGAUCUUGUAGAAGCCACAAUGGUUCAGCAGCCUGUGACGGACACCAUUGUGGAUACAACUUGCGGCACACUUCUUCGUGAGCUCCAGCACAUAUGGGACGAAGUUGGAGAAAACGAAGUGGAAAGGGACAAGAUGCUGUUGCAGCUGGAGCAGGAGUGUCUAGAGGUUUAUAGACGCAAAGUAGAUGCAGCUAACCAUGCUCGAACCCGGUUGCAUGAAACCCUUGCAAGUGCGGAGGGGGAAUUCUCCGCACUGUUCUCUGCUCUUGGAGAACCUGCUUUUAGUCAACGUGAGAAGCGCACUGGUACACUGAAGGAUCAAGUUGCCGCUAUCGGGCCUCAAUUGGAGGAACUGCGUCGAAGGAAAGCAGAACGAGCUAGGCAAUUUGUGGAGGUGAAGACGAAGAUUGCUAAGAUUUGUGAAGAGAUUGCAGGAACUUAUGGAGAAGUGAAUGUUCCCGACGAGAAGGAUUUAACGCUCGAAAGGUUGAACGACUAUCAUGGCCAGCUGGAAGCACUCCAGAAAGAGAAGAGUGAGCGUCUGCACAAAGUGCUGGAGGACGUGAACUUAAUGCGACAACUGUGCUCAGUCAUGGGCAUGGACUUUUUUCAAUUGGUUACGGAAGUUCAUCCCAGCUUGGACGAUUCACAAGAGCUUCCCAAAAGCAUCAGCAACAAAACUCUUGAUUGUCUGGGAAAGACGAUUCACUCCUUGCAGGCUGAAAAGAGGAAAAGAGUAGCAAAGAUUAAGGAGCUUGGAACAUCGAUGAUGGAAUUGUGGAGUCUGAUGGAAACUCCAGUUGAAGAGCGGCAGAUUUUUCAGCAUGUGACAUGCCUCAUCUCAGCUAGUGAAGAUGAAAUUAGUGGCCCAAGUUCUCUUUCAGUAGAAACUAUUGAGGAGGCCCAGAUUGAGGUAGAAAGGCUUGAUGUGCUCAAGAAGAGCAAGAUGAAAGAACUUGUGAUGAAAAAGAGAAUGGAGCUAGAAGAAGUGUGCAAAAGUGCUCACUUGGAGCCGGAUGCUAACACUGCUGCUGAAAAGCUUAUUGCUGCGAUAGAUUCAGGAACGGUGGAUGCAGCAGAGCUUCUCGCAAAUCUUGAAGAGGAGAUUGUUACAGCCAAGGGGGAGGUAGCCAGCAGGAAGGACAUCAUGAAUUUAAUGGAGAAGUGGAUGUCAGCAUGUGAAGAGGAGGGGUGGCUUGAGGACUACAAUAAGGAUGAAAAUAGGUUUAAUGCCAAAGGCGCUCAUUUGAACCUUAAACGAGCUGAAAAGGCACGUGCAGCCAUCGCCAAACUUCCUGCCAUGGUGGACUUAUUGACGCAAAGAACAAAAUCAUGGGAAGAAGAACGAGGCAUUCCGUUCAUGUUCGAUGGGGUGCGGUUGCUGUCUAUGCUGAAUGAAUACAAGAAUCUUAGGGAAGAGAAAGAGGAGGAGAAGCGUCGCCUGAAGAAUCACAAGAAAGUCCAGGAGCAGAUGUUGACCGAGAAGGAGACCCUUUUCGGGUCUAGACCAAGUCCUGCUAAGCCUGCGCCUUUGAGCAGUAAGAAAGCGGAGAGAGGCCCUCGAAUAAGCAACAUUGGAGGCAAUGGACAUAAUCCGGCAAGUAGGCGCUUGUCCAUGGGUGAUGCUAUAAUGCAGCCUCCAGCAACUCCUGAAUUGUCUCGUAACGGUAGCACUAAUUCACGGAACCCAGCCUCCAACGGGAAUGGCAAAGAAAUGAAACGUGAAAGAACCAAACCUGCUGCGCCUGUUAGUAACGUUGCAAUCGAGAAAGAGAUCACAAGCACUGAUGGUGGAUCCGCACCUACUUCCCCUCGGCUCUAGCUCUAUGUUUACCUCGUUCUCCUGCCCAACAGCUGUUUUGUGGACGAUGUGGACGGGCAGUCGGUCCCAGCUCUAACCAUUCAACUGUACCACAUUCAGCGCUCCGAAAAAGCCCCCUUGUAAUCAACCAGAGCUCAGCAGCCCUUUUCUAAGAGGAAGCCGGACCCAAUCUCGUCUUGUCGAGCACCAUCGUGACUUUUUGUUGGAGGAACUUAGGGUUAAUGCUGUUCUGGCUUCUAAUUCAUUUGCCUCAGAAAUCCUAGGAAGUAGCAAAAGUGGAUGGAAGCUCUUUUGCGUUUCCACGUGUAUUAAUAGCCUACCAGCGAGCACCAACCUCUGAGCAGCUAAGUUCCUCUGUCAAUCAUCUAGAUUGAAUGGGUCUGUCAAGUACUGACACUGUACCAUCGUCUCGUUCAUCAGAAGGUUGGAUUGUCUGCAUUUAGCACUGAAUGGAGAGGACAGAUUUGCAUGAGGAGGUUGAGGGGUCGCGAGCUGAGGGCACGACAUUAUGCUGAACCAAGUCUUAGCUCUGGAAUUAAUCAUUUUAAUACCAUAAACUUAUCUUCAAAACA